GCACUGUAUCUUACGUGUUGUGUGUGAAUAAUUGUGUGUGAUGUUUCGUAAAUGUGUUGUUCUUGCAGUGUUGGGGUGCGCACUGGCCACCCCCGUCGCGCAGUACCAAGUACAGCAGGAAGAAGGCAUACCCCCUCAUCUAUUAAGACAGUACAUCGGCCAAGGUCAACAGCACGCACAACGUCCACAACACAUACCACAAGCUGCGCCUGCGCCAGCUAGAUUGCCAUACAACGUCCCAAGUGAAGAGCAGUACCAGCCCCGCCAGCAAUACCAGGCGCAGCCACAGUACCAACCACAGCCACAGUACCAGGCUCAGCCACAGCCACAGCCGCAACCACAGCCACAAUACAGACCGCAAGCCCAAAGAGAAGAGAGGCCUGAAGACUUUGACGCCAAUCCUUCUUACCAAUUCGGUUUCGACGUCAACGAUGACCAGUUCACCAACUACCAAAACCGCAAAGAACAGAGAGACGGUGACGUCAUCAAGGGCUCCUACUCUGUGGUAGACAGCGAUGGUUUCAUCAGAACUGUCACCUACACCGCUGACCCUAAAGAGGGCUUCAAGGCUGAGGUGUCCCGCAAACCUACAGACAUCGUAGUCAAAAUCCCCACGCCAAAGCCUCAAUUCCAAGAGCAGCAUGUAGCGCAACAUGUAGCGCAACCCCAACCACAGGUGCAACAAGCCGCGCAACCUCGGCCGAACCCCCACCAACAACAGUACUACCGUUACGAAUAAUUCUAGAAUAUUCUAGAACAUUCUAGAAUCAUCGAACAAUGUCUACGGCUUCAUGUUUAUUGUUCUCUAUGUUCUUUAUCCAAAUGAUUAUCUGUUUCGCUUUUUUUGAUUGCCAGUUACAAAAUACUUUACAAUCUGUGUAAUAUGUUCCUAUAUAAGUAUUUUUAUAGAUAUUUUCACUUCGUAAUUAAUUCUUUAUUCGCUAACUAUACCACACCAUAAUUCGUAUAAUGUUUGUUUCUUUGUAUUUUUAAAUCACGUAUUAUUGAAGUGAAACUUCUUUAUCGGGGUUGGAAAAAAAUUUAGUGUAACAAUUUUUCGUUACGCUUGACAUUUUUCCGUUACGCGCCAU